AUGGGGCCGCUCAGCAGCGUUACGGGUGUGUCGGACUUGAUUAUUUGGGUUACAGCCAAGACUGCCUUCCUGUUUAUCUUACCUCAGUAUAACGUUAGCGUGCCUACAGCAGAUGGGGAGCUGGUCCAGUAUCAUUAUGGGCUGAAGGAUCUGGUCACCAUCCUCUUCUAUAUCUUCAUCGCCAUCAUCCUGCAUGCGGUGGUGCAGGAGUACGCCCUGGACAAAAUCAACAGGCGUCUCCAUCUCUCCAAGGUCAAACACAGCAAGUUCAAUGAAUCAGGUCAGCUGGUUGCCUUCCACCUCACCUCCGUGAUUUGGUGCUUGUACGUCGUGGUGACGGAAGGAUACGUAUCAAACCCCAGAAGUUUGUGGGAAAACUACCCGCAUGUUUAUCUUCCGUUCCAGGUGAAGUUUUUCUACCUGUGCCAGCUGGCAUACUGGCUGCACGCCCUGCCGGAGCUCUACUUCCAAAAAGUUCGCAAGGAGGAGAUCCCCCGCCAGCUGCGGUGCAUCGCGCUCUACCUGGUGCACAUCGCCGGCGCGUACCUCCUCAACUUAACCCGCUUGGGGCUGAUCCUCUUGCUGUUGCAGUAUAUAGCCGAAUUCUUCUUCCACAUGGCCCGGCUGGUCUACUUCACGGAUGAGAACAACGAGAAGCUGUUUAACGUCUGGGCUGUUGUGUUCGUGGUCACCAGGCUCUUCACCCUCACCCUGUACAUCCUGGUCAUCGGCUUCGGGCUGCCACGGGUGGAGAACCAGGCUCUCGACCCCGAGAGAGGGAACUUCUUCAGCUUUCUCUUCAACAAUAUCCUCUUCAGAAUGAGUGUGCUGCUGUUGGUGUGCCUCUUCCAGGCCUCGGUGAUGUGGCGCUUCAUCCACUUCCAGCUGCGGCGCUGGCGGGAGUACUGGAACGAGCAGAGCAACGCCGGCGCCAAGCAGCAAGCCAAGCCGCUCAAGAGGGACUCGGGUUACCAUGAAAAUGGAGUGGUGAAAGCAGAGAACGGCACCUCGCCACGAACCAAGAAGCUGAAAUCACCGUAGAAGCAAAGGCUUGCCUCCUGGGGAGGAGGGCGAGAUACCAGGACUAAGAAGCAGUCCCUCCUCCCGGUCCUCACAAGCAUCGUCUUGAACGGCUUGGAAACCAGUCAUCUUCCCAAGGUGUCUCUCGCUCUCCUCUCUUCUUUUCUUACUCUCUUGAACCAUUUGCAAUAAAACCAAAAAGGUCCCUUUCCCCUGCACCCUUCCCCUUGUAGGAGCCUUUUCCAA